GAACGAAGUUCACGAAUUACCUGGCCCAUACCCGGAGCCUCCCCGAGCGCGCCAUGUCGCUACCCUUUGGAGCUACCCUGUUCACCCCCAUCGAGUCGGGUCUGGGCGGCAUGAUGAUCGGUGCCGCCGCAGCCAUGGCCUAUUUGAUCGACGGCCGCAUCACCGGCAUCAGCGGUAUCAUGGGCCCCUUCUUGCGCGGAGUCGCCAAGUGCGAACCGCUGAAGGAGGGUCAGCUGUGGAAGAUGCUCUUCCUCGUUGGCCUGGUGGGGGGCGGGAUGAUCUCGUUGGGCCUCAACUGGGAAUUCUCCUUCCCACCGGCGCCACCCAUGAGCUUCAUGCGCUAUUUGCUCGCAGGAAUUUCCGUGGGCAUCGGCACUCGCGUGGGCAAAGGCUGCACCAGUGGCCAUGGCAUCUGCGGCCUGCCGCGCUUCUCCCUGAGAAGCUGGAUCUCAGUGCCGACCUUCAUGGGAGUGGCAGCGGGCACCAUCGCCAUCACCCGACAUGCCUUGAAGUCGGAUGGCACAGGGUAUAGCCCCAGGCUGGCAGAGUUGCAGUGGCCCCCACAGUGGCAGUUUCCCCUGGGUGCCUUCCUGGGGUCGUUGUGCCUCAUCGUGCUUUGCGUGCUGUUGCCCGACAAGUUCAAGAUGUUCAUGUCGCCCUUGUCCUCCGGUCUGAUCUUCGCCUUGGGUCUGGGUGCCUCUGGCAUGACGAACCCCAUGAAGGUGAUGAACUUCUUGGACUUUGGAGGUUAUUGGGAUCCAUCCUUGGGCUUUGUGAUGGGCUGUGGCAUCUUCAUCAGCGGUCCAGCCUUCAUUCUCGCCGAGCAGAUGGGGAAGGUGACUGCACCCCUGGUUGAGGGCUGCAAAUUCGAGAGCCCACCGAAGAAGGGGAACUAUCUGCCACUGGUGAUUGGGGCCAGCUUCUUCGGCUUGGGCUGGGGUCUCAUUGGCUUGUGCCCCGGCCCUGCGCUGGCCUCCAUCAUCCCGAAACUGAUCACGGGCAGCUGGGGGUCGCCAUGGACUCCUGAUUUCUGUUUGGCAAUGGCUGCUGUGGUGAUUUGCGUCUCGUGGAUUGCCACGGACCGAGCCAUUCAGUUUGUCAGCGUCCAGACGCAGCCGCCUUCGGCUGAAAGCGCUGAAGAACCCAAGGGCCAAACAGUGUGAGGGGCGGAAGUGCUGCCCUUCGGUGCCAGCGAAUAUAUGGGCAUGGGAAAUAUGGGUCACACCGGGAGCCUAUUGGCUAUGG